AUGGCUGCAGCAGGUCUCGAAAUUGUUGGGAUAACGCUCGCAGUUCUCGGAUGGCUCCUAACCAUUGUGUGCUGUGUUCUUCCUAUGUGGAGGGUCACUGCAUUCAUUGGAACCAACAUCAUCACAGCUCAGGUGUACUGGGAGGGCAUCUGGAUGAGCUGCGUGGUGCAGAGCACUGGACAGAUGCAGUGCAAGGUGUACGAUUCCUUGCUGGCCCUUCCUCAGGAUCUCCAGGCAGCCCGGGCUUUGACAGUAAUUGCCAUUGUCUUGGGUAUCCUGGCACUUCUGAUCUCCAUGGUGGGGGCCAAGUGCACCAAUUGCAUCGAGGACGAGGGGGCGAAAGCCCGUGUGAUGAUUGGUUCUGGUGUCACCUUCAUUAUCGCCUCCCUCACACAACUGAUCCCAGUGUCUUGGUCAGCCAACACCAUAGUUGUGGAAUUCUACAGCGUACUGGUUCCCGAGUCCCAGAAGAUGGAAAUCGGAGCUUCGCUCACCAUGUCGAUGGGAAUGGAGAUUGGGGGCAUCGCCCUGGGUCUCUUAGGGUGGAUCAUGGCUAUCGUCGCCUGUGCCCUGCCAAUGUGGAGGGUCUCUGCUUUUGUUGGGGCCAACAUUGUCACAGCUCAAGUGGUGUGGGAGGGCAUCUGGAUGAACUGCGUGACGCAGAGUACUGGGCAGAUGCAGUGCAAGAUCUACGACUCCAUGCUGGCUCUUUCUCAGGACCUGCAGGCCGCCCGAGCCAUGACCGUCAUCUCCAUCAUCCUGGGAGUGCUGGCUGUGUUGAUUUCCAUCAUGGGCGCAAAGUGCACCAACUGCAUCGAAGAUGAAGCCUCCAAGGCCAAAGUCAUGAUCAUCUCCGGGAUCAUCUUAAUCAUCUCCGGUGUGCUGCAGCUCAUCCCCAUGUCCUGGACCACCAACACCAUUAUUCAGGAGUUCUACAGCCCCAUAACCAUCUCAUCACAGCGCAGAGAGAUUGGAGCAUCACUGUACUUAGGCUUCGCUGCCGCCGCCCUGCUUAUCAUUGGAGGAGCCCUGCUGUGCUGCACCUGCCCCCCGAAGGAGACGAGGUACAAGCCAGCCAAAAUGGGCUACUCUGCUCCACGCUCCAUCAGCGGCUACGAUAAGAAGGACUAUGUUUAAAACUGCAUGGAAACAAGAAUGUGGAGUUUGUGGUUACAUUUGAAAUGUGUGUGUGUGUGUGUGGUUGUAUGAUUUCAACAAAUUUAAAGAAAGAUGCUUCUGAGAAGACUCCGAGAUGAAGGGCCUUGUUAUGCUGUCAAUAUUUGCUUUGCGCUCUGUUUGCUGGGUGUGUUUGUGUUCAAGUUUGCCUUUAAGGGGGUUUGCUAUUGGAUUAGCAACGUGGAAUGCAGAACUUGUUAUGCAUCUUUUAAAGAUUUCUUUAAACAACUAGUGUAUGUUUAAACAUCUAAGGUAAUCUAAUGUUUUCUUAUUAUUACUAUUACUAAUAUUAUGCUGACUCAAUGAAACAUUCAUUAGAAUUUUCUGCACUUUUUCAUACAUUGUUAACAUGUUAUAUGUACAAGUAGGAAGUGUAAUUUUUGAUCACUAUCACUACAUGUUUAGAGACAUUAAUUCAUGAAUUUGCUGUACAGGCAUACAUUAAAUGCUGAACAAUAAUUGAAUCUCUGAUAAAUGAUAUAGAAUCAAUAGUUUUGUUACUCUAGCUAUGAAGCUUGUAUAAUAUUUUACACUUCCUUUAACUUAUGUUUUGGCUCAUUGUGUAGUGUGACACAUACAAAGAGCUUAAAGGAAGACGUCUCUUCUCUUUACAUACAUUUGGUUAUGAAAAUCUGAGCAGGGACAAAACUAUGGAUGAGCUAAUCUGAACCACACUUUCCUCUUCCUCUCUAUUUGUUUGAAUGUCUCUAUAUAAGAGUGUGUGGGCUUGUGUUUCUAUGUAGGGUAAAUUAACUGUGAUUGACAAUUGAGGUUUUAAGAUUUAUUGUCAUUAAUGGGAAAACAUAGCCAAAUUAUUUUAUUAUAUAUUUAUUAUUUAUAUUUCUGUGAUACUAAAUAUGUGAUUUUAAAGCUAGGGUAAGGAUUGUAUGGCUAAAUUGUGCUGUUAGAGCCUAUGUCCCAAUUACUGUUAAUUCACCCUAUUUUAUGUACUUUUUUCAUUAGAAUGUAUUUGUAUAUUAGUGUCUGCAAAUGUAUGUAUGUGUAACAUUUUAAAACUUUUUUUUAUUAUUUAGUUCAGGUCUUCGUCCAUUCUUUAUUCUAAAUUGGUGGCUUUAGCAGAAGUGGUUGAACUGUAUGUUGAAUUAUAGUCUUUUAUGUCUAUAUAUUUCAAAAAGCUGAAAUGCAAGAACUGUUGUAAUUGCCAGUUUCACUGACUCUGUCCUUUUUAACAACAAAGAAGACAAAACGCUUGGUGGCAAACUGAACUAAACACAUACAGGCCUGUUUAGUAUACAGAGUUUCAAAAAGAAGGACUGUUUGCCAUAGGUGGCGGCUGGCAAAUUAGAGCAGGGCUCAGAAAAAGAGAGAGAGAGAAGCCAGUGUAUCCUCAGGUCAACAUCAUAUUCUAUUGUAAAUCCUUUGUUUUAUGUAUACUAUUGCUGUAUAAUAGUACUUUACUGUAUCGCUUUCAUUUUUUUCUCAUUUUUAAUAAACUGUCAAUUUUACAA